AUGCCCCUCCACCAUGUGAAGGUUGAGAAUUUUGAACUUCUGAAUCAGGUCUUUGGCUUCGUCAAGCCUGGUAGUCUGGUUGCUUUGAUGGGCUGCUCCGGAGCGGGCAAAAUAACCCUUCUCGAUGUUCUUGCCCAGCACAAAGACUCCGGAGAAAUUACGGGCUCGAUUCUCGUGGACGGGAAGCCACAGAAAAUUAGCUUCCAACGAACGACGGGCUAUUGUGAGCAGCUGGAUGUGCAUGAACUCUCGGCCACCGUCUUCUUUCCUCAUGUUGAUUAUUCUCGUCGAUAG